GGUAAACUGGUUGGCUUCAAGAGCCUCCAAGAUGAUCCCAAACUCGUUCAUUAUAUGAAGGUAGCCAAGAUGCAGUCUGAGCGCGAGUACAAGAAAGAUUACGAGAACACAAAAACGAGGUACAACAUUCCACUGGACAUGGUUAAUGUUGUCGGUGCCAAGAAGGCUCAAGAGAUUGCCAGCAACGCUAAUUACAAGAACCUCCUGCACCACUAUACUUAUUUACCAGAUGCAAUGAGUGUGGAGCUGACCAAAAAUAUGAUGGAGAUUCAGAGUGAUAAUGCUUACAAAGCAGAUUAUAACAGCUGGAUGAAAGGCAUUGGUUGGAUCCCCAUUGGCUCACUAGAAGUAGAAAAAGCUAAAAAAGCUGGAGAUGCUUUGAAUGAAAAGAAAUAUCGUCAGCAUCCAGACACCAUUAAAUUUACAAGUGUGGUGGACUCUCCAGUAAUGGUCCAAGCCAAACAGAAUUCAGUUCAACUCAAUGAUGCGUAUUAUAAACAAGACUAUCAUGAUCUAAUAGCUAAAGGGAACAAUGUGUCACUUGAUGCUAUUCCAAUUGCUCGAGCCAAGGCUUCCAGAAACAUUGCUAGUGAUUAUAAAUAUAAAGAAGCAUAUGAGAAGGCCAAAGGAAAACAGGUUGGUUUCAGAAGCCUUCAAGAUGACCCUAAGCUUGUCCACUACAUGAAUGUAGCAAAGAUUCAGUCUGAGCGUGAGUACAAGAAAGACUAUGAGAAGACCAAGACCAACUAUCACACGCCUCCUGACAUGUACAGUAUCCAGGCUGCUAAACAGUCUCAGGAUGUAGCUUCUAACGCCCACUACAAAAACCUGAUCCAUCACUACACUUACCUGCCGGAUGCCAUGGAUGUUGAGCUUGCAAAGAACAUGAUGCAAAUUCAGAGUGAUAAUGCAUACAAACAAGACUAUAACAGCUGGUUCAAGGGUAUUGGAUGGAGUCCUCUUGGUUCUCUGGAUGUUGAAAAAGCUAAAAAAGCUGGAGAAGCACUAAACGAAAAGAAAUACCGUCAGCACCCAGACACCAUCAAAUUUACAAGUAUACCAGAUUCAAUACCAAUGGUUUUAGCUCAGCACAACACCAAGCAACUGAGUGAUGUGGCAUAUAAGCAAGAGGGUGAAAAAGUAAAACACAAAUACACCCUGGAUCCUGAUGUUCCUCAGUUUAUUCAAGCCAGGGUCAACGCCUUCAAUUUGAGUGAUGCAAACUACAAAGCAGACUGGAAAAAAACCAUUGCCAAAGGAUAUGAUCUGAAACCAGAUGCCAUUCCUAUUAUUGCUGCUAAAGCUUCUCGAAACAUUGCGAGUGAU